AUGCACACAGCAAAGUUUAUCAACGACAACAUCACAGUCUCGAAAGAGUCUGAUGUGAAGUUGACACUCUACGAUGAAAAUAAUCCUGAUGAACCUUUAACUUUGCUUUGCCCCGGAGAGACCAGAAAGAAUUUUACUGGAAAAGUUGUUAGUAUUGAACCUUAUUGCACCUAUGCUACUAGGUCCUGGCAGCUUUCCGAGGAUGUGGACUUUGUUGCUAAUAAAGAUGUUACUGUGACGGAUGACACGCUCGAACAAGGAAAUAAGGUGGUUUGGUUCGGUUAA